GCGGCGAGGCACGUCAAAGGGCCGCGCCGAGCGGACACCCCCAAGCCUGGCAAGCGGGGCCCGGGUGGGGAGCGGCCACCGCCCCGCGGUUACUGGAAAGAUGACCACCCUCACCCGGCAGGAUCUCAACUUUGGACAAGUGGUUGCAGAUGUGCUCUCUGAGUUUCUUGAAGUGGCUGUUCAUCUCAUCCUUUAUGUUAGAGAAGUUUACCCCAUUGGGAUCUUUCAGAAGAGGAAAAAAUACAACGUACCAGUCCAGAUGUCCUGUCAUCCAGAGCUGAAUCAGUACAUCCAGGACACGUUGCAUUGUGUGAAGCCACUGUUAGAGAAGAAUGACGUGGAGAAGGUGGUGGUAGUAAUCCUGGAUAAAGAGCACCAUCCAGUGGAGAGAUUUGUCUUUGAGAUCACUCAGCCACCUCUACUUUCCAUCAGCUCGGACUCGCUGCUGUCCCACGUGGAGCAGUUGCUCCGUGCCUUCAUCCUGAAGAUUAGCGUGUGCGAUGCCGUGCUCGACAACAACCCCCCAGGCUGCACCUUCACUGUCCUGGUUCAUACACGGGAGGCUGCCACGCGAAACAUGGAGAAGAUCCAGGUGAUAAAGGAUUUCCCAUGGAUCCUGGCAGAUGAGCAGGAUGUGCACAUGCAUGACCCCCGGCUAAUCCCCCUGAAGACCAUGACCUCGGAUAUCUUAAAGAUGCAGCUUUAUGUAGAAGAAAGAGCCCACAAAGGUACCUGAUGCCGACUCUUCCCAUCAACUUCAACCGUGUCCAAGGCUCAGAUCUUCCAGAAGAAUCCAGUGUCUUCUAGGGGGACGCAGCGUAUCCUGUUAACGGGUGCUUCUUCAGUUGGCCUCCUGAGUGACUUAAUGUCCAUUAAGCAGCUCCCGAUGGCCAGGCUGCCUAUGGAUAACCUUUAGAGGGCAGCUCAGUUGCAUAUUGGUACUUUAUGUGAAUGUCCAUUUUGUGUACGUACCUCUUAGCAUCCAGCUGGAUAACUUGGCCAUGUUCUGUUGGAAGCCUAAGCUCGUGUGACUCCACCGAACUUGCCAGACUUAUAGCAGGGAUGAGUGGAGCCUUAUCUACAAUGUGUGUCCACUGUGAGUGAGCUGUAGCGUUAUCAAUAAAUACUGAGUGAGUUCUGCCA